CUUUUUUUCUUUAUUGCAGCAACUUUAACAUAUUCAAUGAUACGAUCUACUUCGAGAGCAUUUAGAGCCGCUCCUGCAUUCUCAUGCUUUGGUCGUUCUGCUAAACCUUCAAACACAUCGUACUUUACUGCUGGAGCAUCCUCCACCUUUGGUACACUGCCUUCAUCGCUUCCUGUGUAUGCUGCUCCAUCCACUCUUUCCACAUUGUCUCCACCCUUAUCGUCUGCAAGAACACUAUCUACCAUGACCUGCAGAGGUGCAUUCAGUUUCACUUUGUGUUGGAUCGAUGAUGAUACUAUAUAAUUCCCUCUUGAUUCCUGGCUUGUCAUGCUCCUAUUUUUACUAUUCAUUGUCAUCUUCAUAGCUCAUAACCAUCCUAUUGCCAUUCGUGCUUCAUCUACUUUAUCCACAUUCUUUUCAAAUGGUAAAUUCAACAAACCUAAACCUGAUCAUUUAUUUCCUAGUUCCUAACUGAGCAACAUCAACCCAAUCUUGAUUGUCAUUUUCUCGCCUCUACAUUCUGCAAUCUUGUUCCACUUACCGUUUGGUGUAUCCUUGUUUUAAUGUCGUUUCCUUUUCCCAUAUCCAAAUUGAUCUCCCCUUAUCCCACAAUAUUUUAUGCUGCUUUAUUCAUCAAUCUCGACGCGGAUUUCCUGGUCGACAAUGGCUCUGCUAUCUCGUAUUUUGAUUGUAUCUCACCCAUACACACAGCAGUUAGAUAGUGAUCGCUAGUGCCUAAACUCCGUUAUUCUAAUCACUUGCUGAAUUUUCUUUUUCUUUCGUGCAUUUUGCUUCAAUAUAACUCAUCUCACUGUCGAUUUGGACUGGGUGUGUUGGCGGCGUAGUAUGUAACAAUGAUUAAUACAUGUGCGAGUUUUUAUUUCUUGAUUAAAGAAUUGCCUAGUUUUCAAAUCCGAAUCCA